GCGCUAUUUUAAGGGCUCUCGUCACAUUGGUCGUCAGAUUCAUCGCGCUGCUGGGCUGGGUCUUGCCAUUCACUUGAUCGACACAAAUAAACACAAGGAACGCGCUUUGAAACCGUGUUAAUUUUAAAACGUUUCAUAGUCCGUCUCGUCAUUGGCGUUUCUGUGUUUUGACAUUUGGAAGUUACCGAGUAUAAAUACUUUGGUGUUUUCGAGCCGUCAGAAACACUGACACGUGACGCUUUAGAAACUUUUGCGUGCGUAACGACACUGGAAGACGAAAUGGGGGAGAAUGAGGUACAGAUGGAGAACACAGAGCAGAUGCAGGAGUCUCACGCUUCAAGCUCGGACAAAAUCGACUUGUCAUUAGAUGACAUUAUAAAGCUGAAUAAGAAAGAGCAGAAGGCAAACAGAGCUGCGAACAGAGCUAAAAGUAAACGUGCUGCUAACAGGAACAACGUCUUGAAGAAACUCAACCAGGUUCCACAGCAGCAGAGGGAUCUCGGACGAGGAGCGCAACAGUACCAAGGUCCUGGCAGGUUGAGAGGUUUGAGGAGACAAAGGGGAUCCCGUAGGGGCAUGGUGUCAAGAGGGGGUUCACUAAACAGAGCCACUGCCAUGACCGGUGGACAGUUUGAUCAGACCACAUUCACAUCGAGGGGGACAUUCAGAGGACGAGGAAGAGGUAGAGGAAGAGGAGGCGGACUGAGCAGGGGUGCAAUGUCAUCAAGAGGACAACGGGGUGGAAGACCAUUUGUAUUAGAUAGAGGGUUUUCUGCCACAAAAAUGGCUGAGAAAUUACAAAAGUAUCAGAAAAUAAGAAGUCAAAGAACAGAACCAUCUGUCUCAACACUGACAGUUUCCCUGCCAAAUGCUACAUCUGCACCUGUCACUGUGACAACACCUAAUCAGGCUAGGAGGGGUGGGGCAGUGUUAAGGGGCAGAUCGUCUAGAGGAGCCAGUACUUCUUCACCUAAGGGGAUUCCUCUGCAGUUUAACUACAAAGCAACCACUAACCAGACUGCCGUAUCCCUCAAUGACCGUUUCACUGACCUGAGGUUCAGAGGGCGAGGACGAGGAAGGGGCAGUGGAAGAGGAAGAGGAGCUGUUGGAGGAGGCGGACGAGGCGGAGGAAGAGGAAGUGCUUUUGUGGGUGGACGAGGCAGAGGAAGAGGAAACACUAUAGGUCCUGGAAGAGGCAGAGGAAGAGGAAACAUUAUAAGUGCUGGAAGAGGAAGAGGAAAUAUUGUGGGGGGUGGAAGAGGCAGAGGAAGAGGAGGGGUUGGUGAUACAAGAGGAGGACGAGGCUUGAGAAGAGGGAGGGGAGGAUCAAGAGGAGCUGGUCGGACAGUAACUCUUCAGUGAUUAGAAUAACCAUUGUUCAGUUUUAUGAAUUAGUAGUGUUUACUGUUAGUGAUGCACCGAAAUUUUAGCAACCAAAAUUAUUUGAAAAUUACUUGAAACAGCAACAACAACAACAAAAAAUAAAAAAAGUAAUAAUUUUCAGUUUUGACCGAAAUAGUUUUGGAGGGCUUUGCUAUCACAGGACUACAUUACAGUUUAAAAUAUAUUAAAAUAGAAAAAUAUUUUUAAUUGUAAUAAUAUUACAAUCUAUUAUAUAUAAUAUUACAGUAUUACUGUUUUUACUGUAUUUUUCCAUCAAAUAAAUGCAGGCUUGGUGAGCAUAAGAGACUUCUUUCAAAAACAUGUAAAAAUCUUACAGACUCGAAACUUUUGAACGGUAGUGAAUAUCAUUGAGAAAAAUAUUAAAUAUAUCAGAUGUAAUCAUAAACUGAAACAGUGAAUUUUAAUUGCGUUUCUCCAAUGAUGGUAAACAUUGCCGCAAAAUGGACGCUCUUCAUCUUGAACAAAAAUGAUGCUAGAGUAACAAUAUGUAAAAAAUUGUUCAAAAUAUCAAGAGGUGGCUCAUUGCUAAAUAAGUUUACCUCAACUGGUAUAAUUUAUCACCUAAUCAUGAGACCCUGAGCAGCAUAAGGAGUUCAAUUACCCAAAUUUAAUUAACAAAACUUUCGGUUUCAGUUUUGGUUUUUCAGCUUAAUGAAAACUUUAAUUACAGUUUUGUAAUAAAAUAAUUUCGGUGCAUCACUAUUUACUGUAAUGAUGUGAUUCAGCUACAGUUUUUUUUUUACGAUUGCUUUGGUCUGAUUUUAAAAACAAGGACAAUUCACACAUUCACACACAAGUAGCAGAACAUUUCAGAUCUUUUGCAGCACUAAACACUUAAUUCGAAACUUUAAAAUAAUUUAACAAAACCCAAUUUUAACACUGUAUGGCACACACAUGGUUCAUACAAUCUGAUUCUGUUUGAACCACUUACACACUGCUGUGCUCAAGCUUAAACACUUCCAACAUUUAUACUUUUGCAAUGAGAUAAUCUGGGUUUGAUUUUUUUUUUUUUUUUUUUUUCCAGAGAUAGAGUAAAGCAUUAUUGACCAAACACACAAGACCAGUACUGCACAUUAGCGAAAAUAUUUAUUUCUCUCCACAUUGUAAAAACAGUCAAUACAUCCUUGCAUUUCCAAAGGUUGCAUUUUCCACUGAAAAUCACAACAUAUUCUAAAUAGUAUAUAGUACAUAGUCAACAAAAACCUUUGUGGAGACAAAAAAGUGUGAAUUAAGAAAAAAACCUUAGCAUCAUCUCUUCGCCUAGCUGGAUCUGGCCAUAGCACUUUGUGCACAUCACAGGCUAUGCCCUCUCUUGUAAGAUUAUGAGGGAAGAAUCCAUCCUUGCACAGACCUUGCAUAAAUUAUGUUACAGGCCUCCUCCAUGGCUUGAAUGAGGGAUAUCCUGACAUAGGGCUAGAGAUUGUUAACCUUCCACUGCCAUGCUGAAAAAAAAACUCCUCAUUGGGGAUAAGGAAGGGAGAGUAUGAUGGGUAAAAUUGUGGAUGCUCAUGAAACCAGUUUUGGACCAGAGCAGAUUGGUGGAAAGGUACUUUGUUGCAGAUGACAAUGUAUGUCACCUGCUCUGCAUUUAUUUGGUUUUAAACAUGGAAUAAGGUGAAUGGGUCCCAAAAAAUACUGAUGGAGGUCAUAUAGUAGGCUACAUUGUACUGUAGACAGUAGAGAAUUUUUUUUUUGUUUUUCUCCUGUGCUCUUGUCAAAUUGUCCAAAUUACUGUAGCAACAGUACUGUAUAUCUUGUUGGGCUGAACUCUCUGUCCAGCCUCUCUCAAUGUCAACCCAUGGUUUACAACAUGAUCAACCAAGGUUGCUCGAAUCGCAUUUGAUAAAUGUUGUCCUCGUCUUUUUUGUCCAGAUCCUCCUCCGGGUCUACCUCUUCCUCUUCCUCUUCCUCCACGGGCUCCCCCUCUCAUCCUCACUCUCCCUCUGCAAUGUUGUCUUCCAUUUUUGUUGAAGACAAAUAAACUCACCUGUUUCCUUUUUAUAGUGCUUACACUUGAUUGUUGAGUUUACAAUUAAGCACCCAAGUGUCUGCACACCUGACGGCCAUGUUUGAUCAAUUGGUCCAUAGGUAUUUUAGAAAGCAGUGCCUUGAGAUGGCAAAGAAGUGACAUAUUAGAUUUCUGUGUCUAAAGAAGUGUGUGUAGUGAUUUGCAAAAAGUGUGAGGCUGAGAAUGUGCUUAUAGUUGUGCAGGUCUGGGCUGAGGUUUUGCUUCUUGAGUGUCAGGUUUCACUAAUUGUGUGUUAUUUCAAUCGUAAAAAAAAAAAAAAAACUGUAAAUAUUUGAAAGAAUUCUUACAGGGAUAAGGAGGUUUUAUUGCAGUGUACAAACAGAAGAUUGUCCUUUUUAAAAGAAAAUGUAAAUUGUUAUAUGAUGAAGAUUUUUACAUUUUUAGGUUAGAAAAAAGAAGGAAAAAUACACUUUUGAAGGUAACUCAGAGGAUAAUGAAGUGCCUCUUCAUAUACGGUGUAAAUACUGUUUUGCAUUCUGACACUAGAAGAGUUCCUCUCAGUAAUAAAAAUUAUAGCCUAUACUUCAAACCAAAUGUAAUUAUGCAAAGAAGUUGUUUACAUUUGAUAUCAUCAUAUCAAUAAACCAAACAAUGGACAUUUUUUGACAGUA